CACGUCAGGCUAGAUGCAAAUUGGUAUUCAACAUUCCCUGCUCAUUGGAACACCAGUUUUAAUUAACGAACGAAAGUGUUUUCAGAUGGCGCCACCAUGUGCUUACCGUGGGUGAUCAAAUGAACCAAACACUAUUUUAGACCUGGCGUGAAAAUUACUAGUAUAAUCAAUCGUUUUUGACGUUUGGGUGAUAAUCGCGCUACGCCAUCAACAUGAAGGAAAAGUGAUAAUUGAAAUGAAUAAAUAAUAUUAGCUGAGAUGUUCUGAGCUCUCAUCAAUCGCAAAAAGUCUUCCGUGGAAACAGCAGUCGCUCUUUCGACAAAGUGAUACUGGAGUGUUUAACUAGUGAUCAACGAAAAUAGUGGAUUGUCUGAAACAUGAGCACCGUGACGCAGAUAACGAACACCCUGUCUAACGCCAAAAUAGCAGAUGAACAGGAAAAGUUGCAUGAGAAGGAGCAAAACGGUGUUAAGAACAACUUCGAUGGAUUACAGGAAGAAUUUACAGAUCCCUUCUGCAAUGCCGACAAUCCGCAGAUAAUAAGCUUUCAGGAUGUUACCUCGGCAGCGUUUAAGAUUAAAAAAGGCAUCGAGUUCACGCCUUGCUCGAAAUCGCACCUAUCGGAAAUGAUAGACAUGGAUAUCUUCCUCAAGAAGGAAUUCCUACAGUUCACCGGCAGUUUCAAGGAACGUGGUGCGAGAUACGCGUUAGUUAUGCUUACGGAAGAACAACGGGAGAAGGGUGUUAUAUCCGCCUCCCUAGGAAAUCAUGCUCAGGGACUUAGCUAUCACGGGUGGAAAUUGGGAAUCCCGGUAACAGUGGUAAUGCCAGUGAAGGCAUCCCUGAUGAAGAUACAAAAAUGCCGUGACUAUCAUGCAACCGUCAUCGUUCAGGGUGCGGAUAUGGGCGAAGCAAAAAAGAUUGCGUUGAAAAUGGCACACGAAACCGGACUGACAUACAUCAACGGGUACGAUCAUCCGCACAUCAUGGCCGGUCAGGGCACAAUUGGACUGGAAAUUGCCGAGCAAGUUAGCAACAUCGAUGCCGUAGUUGUGCCCGUUGGGGGUGGAGGCCUGAUUGCCGGUGUUGCAACUGCCAUCAAAAAUUUAAGCCCUCUAACCAAAAUCAUUGGUGUGGAAUCAGAAAAAUGCCCCAGCUUUACCAAAGCGCUGGAAAACAAGGCACCUAUGUACGUCCCGAACAAGCCAACAUUGGCCGAUGGUCUCGCGGUGCCGAUGGUGGGUUAUAAUGCGUUUGCAACCACUGUUCCACUGUUGGACAAGAUGAUUGUGGUGAAAGAGGAGUGGAUUGCUCUAGCCAUCCUGCGACUGGUGGAGUUGGAAAAGUGUGUCGUGGAGGGAGCCGGUGCAUCAGGACUGGCUGCUAUACUAGCUGGCCAUUUGGAUGAGUUCAAAGGCAAAAGGGUCGUUCUGCUGAUAUGCGGGGGCAACAUUGACACAGCGAUAUUCGGUCGAUGUCUUGAGAGGGGUAUGGCUGCCGAAGGGCGUUUGCAAAGAUUUACCGUUACGGUCAGCGAUGGUCCGGGAGGAUUGUCGAAACUGUGUAACGAGUUAGCCCAACUAGGUGUUUCCAUUAAGGAUAUAAUGCACGAACGAGCCUUUAUCCGAGACGUCCACAGCGUACAGGUCAAAGUCAUUUGCGAAACACGAGACUGGAACCAUUCGCGAGAGAUACGGAAAAUGCUGCAGGAUUCAUACGAAGAUGUUUUCUUCUACGAUUUACCCAUGGCAAUGUAAACGGAUAACCAGACAGUAUGAUGUUUGCUAAAAUCCAUGGAAUGCCAAUUCUGCUGCUCUCGGAGAAUGGAACUAUCACGAUGUACAUUCGAGUGCUAGCUUCUAAACACGAUUGAAGUACAGCAGCA